ACUUAGUACAGUGCGGCUCAUGAUGUUUACCAAAGAGUUGGCUCUUCACGGCCUCAUGGCUGCAGUGGCCCUGGUGACAGUUCUAUGUACUCGAAAGCAGUUGCAGCGGGACCUGGAGGACAUGCGCUGGCGUCUAACAAUCCACGCUCUCAGCGUUCGGGAUACCCACGGAAGUCCAGUGCCACUCCAAAGGUUUGCCGGCCAGGUGAUGCUCAUCGUGAACAUUGCAUCCAAAUGCGGUCUCACCACCACCCAGUACGAUGGCCUCCGACAACUACUCGAGGAGUACGAGGACCGCGGCUUGAGCAUCCUGAACUUCCCCUGCAACCAGUUCGGCGGUCAGAUGCCCGAGUCCGAUGGCCAGGAGAUGCUGGACCACCUCCGCAGGGAGGGCGCCAACAUAGGCCACCUGUUUGCCAAGAUUGAGGUGAAGGGCGCUGGAGCGGAUCCGCUCUACAAGCUGCUCACUCGCCACCAACACGAUAUCGAGUGGAAUUUCGUCAAGUUCCUGGUGGAUCGCAGGGGGCGUAUCCACAAGAGAUAUGGCGCCGAACUGGAGCCCGUCGCUUUGGCCAGUGACAUAGAGCUGUUGCUCGGGGAUAAGUCCGAAUAAAUAACGCAACAUGCGCCACA